AUGGCUAGAAACAAGACACCUAAAAAGUGGAACAUUUUUGAAGGAUUCUGCGAAAUGCUUUAUGAAAAAUACAAAAACAUUGUUCCGAAUGAUGCUUUCGAAGGAGUUUGCUGGACAGAUCUUCCCUUAAUGAAAACUUUAUUUGUUAAAUUAAAGAAAGACACUCUAUUAAGCAAAACUUUUAAGGGAUUUCCAACAAACAAUGGCUAUAGAAAAACCGAAAAAAGAUUCCCUACUGCGACAUCAAUUGCUAAAGAUCAUCCAGAAAUUGUUCGUAUAUUCCAAUCCUUCUUCUCAAAAAACGAUCAAGCUUCAGAAAAGAAUUUUUGA